AUGUAUUUGAACAGCUACAAUGUGCCAAGCAACCCUGAACCAAACAACCAUGGUUCCUGCUUUCUGGAACCUUCCUUUGCUCCUGUCUGCCCCUUAGAUGAAUGGCGAGACAGUCCCCUUCCUGUGAGCUUGAACCCGGGCAGCCUUGUUGUUUCCUGGAGCGGCCUCUUCUCCGUGCUGCAGGCCGACUUCGGCCUCUGGCUCAGCACGGACCUCACCUACAGCCUCACCCUCACCCUGCCGCACCCCUCCGAGGGUCACCCCUGCGGGCUCUGUGGCAACUUCAGUCGCGACCGCAGUGACGAUGCUGAGGCGUGCGCUACCUCGGAGACCGAGAGCAGGGCGUGCGGGGCUGCGUGUGGGGCUGCCGGUCCAGGGUGUGAGGACCAGGGGCAGAUUGUGUGGGCCAGGGGGCGCUGCCGGCUCCUGCAGGACCCCCCCGGGCCCCUUCGCCUCCUGCCACAGCGAGAUCGACCCAGCUGUGUCGGCGAUGUGUGUCUUGCCCGGGGCAGCGAGCGCAUCCUCUGCUUGGCCCUGCAGACCUGUGCCGCCGCCUGCCAGGGCGCGAAUGUCACCAUCGGGUCCUGGAGGAGCCGGUCCUUCUGGGCCGCCACCUGCGCGCAGCACAGCCGCUACCAGCUCCGCCUGACGCCCGCCGCGCGCGCCUCUGCGCCCCCGCCCGCUGCACCCGCCCAGGGACCCCGCCUGCGCCGAGGGCUGAGUCUGCAAAGACGCGCACCUGGAGUCCAGGGCCAGGUGCGUGCGCGCGGAGCAGUGCACGGCAUGCACGGCGGCCGCUCCUAGCAGGUGAGCCGGGAACCCGCCCCGUUUCUGUGAGGGGGGCCGGGCUAUUUGGGGCUCCAGAGGAGCCAGGGAAACCCCGCAAUUUGCCACGGAUAAACCCCCAAUCCUGGAAACCCAAAUUCAACCGGCGUGGCUGGUUGAUUAGGGACUUCAGAUGUGCUGGCCUCUUUAUUAUUGAUGGGCCUAUAACGGUACUGCUAU